AUGUUCGCAGUUCCCGGCUGGUCCAUCUCUGCGGACGCGCUGAAAGUUCAGACAGAGCCAAGAUCCUCACAGGCUGCGACGGAGCACAAACAUCACCACCCAAUCGGCACGGACAAGAAGAAAUCGAGGAAGCGCAAGCGGGGGACUGGCUCAAAGAAUGCGCUUGAGGUCACGGAGGAGAAUCUUGGGGACCUUUGGAGAAAGUAUAUAGAGGAGAAAAACUUGGAUCAACCUAGACCAAAGAAAGAAGGAAAGGAAGCAAAGCAAAGCAAGCAGAACACGGAGGGAAAAGAUGGUUCUUUGGGAGAAAUUGAGGAUGUCGAUCCAGGCAGCUUUGAGGGCUUCUCUGAGGAGUCCAAGUUCGCAAGAACAGUAGAAGAGGAGGCUUCCCCGAAGAAGAGAAAGAGAAAAAGAAAGGAUGAUAAAGGCAUUGCCCCCCAGGCCAACGGUCAUGACGAUGCUGCGGACUCGUCACCAACUCUCCUGAAAGAGCAAGGUGAGGCCGAGGACGGCAAAUCAAAGUACGAGCAACGUAAAGCCGAAGCCUCGAAGAAGCGCGAACAGAGAGCCCUCCUCCAAGCCAAUGGCACACUACCACCUGUUCGCCCCGAAGCUGUACCCAGUCAUCCUGCCGAGAUCGCUCCUGCAAAACCCAGUCAGACUGCGAAACCCUUUGGAUCCUUGAAAGCUUCUGAUACACUGCAAGAUCCUACAGUGACCAAAUCUACAAAGCUUCCAAAGGCACCAGAGCCCCCCAAAGCCUCAGGAGCUCCGGACACUACCCCUACCCCAGCCCCUUCUCUACCAUCCACAAGCUUAACCCCCUUACAACAACGAAUGGCCGCCAAACUCACCUCUGCUCGCUUUCGACAUCUCAACCAGACCCUGUAUACCAGUCCUUCAGACCAAGCCAUGCGUCUCUUCGCCGACUCGCCUCAAAAUUACACCUCCUACCACGCGGGUUUUCGCGCACAAGUCGCCGUGUGGCCGCAGAAUCCAGUCCAAGGUUUCAUCGAAGAUGUUAGAGCCAGGAGCAGGGUCUCGGUACCCAGUCAGAAGAAGCUUUGGCGGGAGCAGAAGAAGGGGAAGAAGCCGAAAGGCAGUGAUGCAGACGCUACAGCUGGUGCGACUACUGGCCAAGGAGGAGAGAAAAUGGAUCCCCUUCCUCGUUCUCGAAAUGGUAUUUGCACAAUCGUUGAUCUUGGCUGCGGAGACGCAACACUCGCUGGCUCUCUCUCCCCUUCUACAAAGUCUCUCAGCCUGAAGUUCCUUUCUUUUGAUCUAGCCAAAGGCGAUACACCCAAUGCCCACCUCGUCACCGUGGCGGAUAUCAGUAAUCUCUCUGCCGCUGGCGUCAAAGGUGGCACCGUGGAUAUAGCCAUCUGCUGUCUAAGUCUCAUGGGCACCAACUGGGUGGAUGUAGUGGGCGAAUGUGCGAGGAUUGUCAGGGGAGGUGGGGAGGUGUGGGUUGCGGAGAUCAAGAGCCGGUUUGCGAGGCCCGGGGUGAAGAAGAAAGCAGGGGGGGGAAUUGGGAGAAAGAAGAGUACUGAGAAGGGUAAGGGCGCAGUUGGUGACGAGGACGAGGACGAUAAGGCAGUGGCAUUGGAAGACAUGGAGGAUGCGAAGAGCAAGGGCGGGAAAGAUGAGACGGACGUUAGUGCUUUUGUUGAGGUAUUUAGGAAGAGGGGGCUGAUUUUGAAUGGGAAGCCGGAUAUGGCGAACAAGAUGUUUGUGACGAUGAGAUUUGCGAAGAGUCUCGGUGCGAGAACGGAGAAAGGCAACGGAGGGAGAGUUGCAGAGGGUAGGAAUGAGAACACGGGACGAAGCAACAUGUAUGCGAAGACGAAAUUUGUGGAUGAUGAUGUUGAGGAGGUGGAUGAAAGUAAGGUGCUCAAGCCUUGCGUUUAUAAGACGAGAUAG